AUGCAGUAUGGUUGUUUGAUGCAAUUUGGUUUCUGGUUUAGUUCGAGGUCAUUAAGGGAUUUGCCACUCUUUGUGUGCGGGCUUACUAUGCCAAUAUUCUUUGUUGCCGCCUUUUUUGUGGAAAAGUUGGCACAGAAGAAUUAUUUAUCUGAAAAAGUUGUAGUCACUCUUCAUGUAUUCAUAACUACAGCUUCUGUUCUUUAUCCAGCUUUGUUGAUUCUCAGGUGUGAUUCUUCUGUUUUUUCUGGCUUCGUUUUGAUGCUCUUUGUUUCGAUUGUGUGGUUAAAGUUGGUGUCUUAUGCGCAUACAAAUUAUGACUUGAGAGCAGUCUCUAAGGCAUCGGCUAAGGGGGAGAUAUCAUAUGGUUCAAAUGUGUACUACUCCUAUGAUGUUAAUAUUAAGAGUUUGACAUAUUUCAUGUGUGCUCCAACACUUUGUUACCAGACAAGUUAUCCACGAACUGCAUCCAUAAGAAAGGGUUGGGUUGUGCUUCAACUGAUCAAGUUGGUUAUAUUUAUAGGGCUGAUGGCUUUCAUUAUAGAGCAGUACAUUAAUCCUAUUUUUAAGAACUCAAAGCAUCCCCUCAAAGUUGAUGUUUUGGAUGCAUUAGAGAGAGUUCUGAAACUAUCCAUUCCCUAUCUAUAUUUGUGGUUCGGCAUGUUCUACUGCUUCUUUCACCUCUGGUUGAAUAUAGUUGCUGAGGUACUCCGAUUUGGUGAUCGUGAGUUCUACAAAGAAUGGUGGAAUGCUAAGUCGGUAAAGGAGUACUGGAGGUUGUGGAAUAUGCCUGUGCAUAAGUGGAUGGUCCGUCAUGUUUACUUUCCAUGCUUACGAAGUGGAACUUCAAAGAUUGUUGCAACAUCGAUGUCGUUUCUUGUAUCUGCUGUAUUUCACGAGUUAUGUGUUGGUGUUCCUUGCCACGUCUUCAAAUUUUGGGCUUUUUUUGCUAUCAUGUUUCAGGUUCCAAUGUUCACUUUCACGGAUUACCUUCAAGCUAAGUUUCAGAACUCAACGGUUGGUAACAUGAUAUUCUGGUUCUUUAUUAGCAUAUUUGGUCAGCCGAUGUGCUUGAUGCUAUUUUAUCACGACUUGAUCAUGAACAGGAGAGUGGAAUUGGACACAAUGUAAUUCAUAUUUGUUUUCUGGAUUUUCGAUCUUUCAUCAACAAUUGUGUGGAUUAUUAUCUUUUUAUAAUUUUG